AUAAAUACGCCCAUUUUUUUCUUCUUCAUUCUUUUUUUUUCUUUACUUUAUAUCCGUCAAAAUGGCCACUCCUACUCUUGCUCACUUCAAAUUGCCUCAAAUCGAUAAUGAGCCUAUGCUCAACUAUGCUCCUGGUUCUGCUGAAAGAGUCAAGCUUGAAGCUGCAGUCAAGGAUAUGGUCGCUCAAGGUACUGUUGAAGUCCCUGUUGUCAUCAACGGCGAAAAGAUUUACACUGGUAAGACUGCUGAACAAUUGAACCCUUCCGACCACAAGUCUGUUGUUGCAAAGUACCAUGAAGCCGAUGCUACUCUUACCCAAAAGGCCAUUGAUGGUGCUUUGGCUGCUAAGGCUCAAUGGGAAAGCCUUCCUUUUAACGACCGUGUUGCUGUCUUCUUGAAGGCUGCUGAUUUGUUGUCUGCCAAGUACAGAUAUAAGGCUAUGGCUGCUACCAUGCUCGGUCAAGGUAAGAACAUCUGGCAAGCCGAAAUCGAUGCUGCUGCUGAACUCUGUGAUUUCUUGCGUUUCAACUGCAAGUACGCCGAAGAAAUCUACUCUCAACAACCUCCCAAGAAUGCUCCCGGUACCUGGAACCGUACUGAAUUCCGUGGUCUUGAGGGUUUCGUCUUGGCUGUUUCUCCUUUCAACUUCACCGCUAUUGGUGGUAACUUGCCUGCUGCUCCUGCUUUGAUGGGUAACGUUGUGCUCUGGAAGCCUUCUCCUGGCGCUGUUCUUUCCAACUACAUUGUUUAUGAAAUCUUGGAAGAAGCAGGUCUCCCUGCUGGUGUUAUCCAAUUCGUCCCUGGUCCUGCUGAAGAAAUCUGUGGCCAUGCUAUUGCCAGCCCUGACUUUGCCUCUCUUCACUUUACUGGUUCCACUCACGUCUUCCGUAACUUGUGGCAACAAAUCGGUAACAACAUCCACAAGUACAAGAGCUACCCUCGUAUUGUUGGUGAAACUGGUGGUAAGAACUACCAUUUGUUGCACCCUAGCCUUGAUGAAGCCGGUGUUCGUCAUGCUGCUUUGCAAACCAUCCGUGGUGCUUUUGAAUACCAAGGUCAAAAGUGUUCUGCUUGUUCUCGUGCUUACGUUCCCGCUUCUCUUUUCGCUCAAUUCAAGAAGGAAUUGGUUGCUGAACAUGCCAAGAUCACUCAAGGUCCUGUCACUGAAUUCCAUCACUUUGCUGGUCCUGUCAUCAACAAGUUUGCCUUUGACAAGAUCAAGGGUUUCAUUGACUAUGCUUCUACUCAAGACAGCUGUGAAAUCAUUGCUGGUGGUAAAUACGAUGACUCUGUUGGCUACUUUAUCGAACCUACUGUGAUUGUGACCAAGGACAAGUUCGCCAAGACCUUGACUGACGAAAUCUUUGGUCCUGUCCUCACCAUCUAUGUCUAUGACGAUGUUGACUUUGAAGCUACUUGCAAGCUCAUUGGUGAAACCACUGAAUAUGGUUUGACUGGUGCUUACUUUGCCAAGGACCGUGCUUCUAUUGUUGCUGGUUCUAACUUGUUGCGUAACACUGCUGGUAACUUUUACAUCAAUGACAAGUGUACUGGUGCUGUUGUUGGUCAACAACCUUUCGGCGGUGGACGUGCUUCUGGUACCAACGAUAAGGCUGGUUCUUGGUCUCUUUUGGUUCGUUUCAUCUCUACUCGCACCAUCAAGGAAAGCUUUGUUCCUAUUGAAAACUUUGCUUAUCCUUCCAACGCUAUCUAAUUCCCUCAUCAUUUUUUUCUGUAAACACAUCUCACACUACCUUUUUGUAAUUAAGAAU